GUCGCCGGCUCGCCAGCCCUCCAUCCUUUCUGUGCACCUUGCGGUAGGCAGGGAGCGGCAGCCGCGGCGGCAGCUAGAGGCUAGUGCACACCCAGCCAGGGAGACUUAGGGAACCACAGACAGACGGACGGACCGAGAAAAUCCUCCCCAGCGCCCCCCGAGCCAUGGCCGAGAGAAAGCAAUCUGGGAAGGCGGCAGAGGACGAAGAGGUCCCUGCCUUUUUUAAAAACCUGGGCUCGGGCAGUCCCAAGCCCCGGCAGAAAUUCUGCGGCAUGUUCUGCCCGGUGGAAGGGUCCUCGGAGAACAAGACCAUCGAUUUCGAUUCGCUUUCGGUGGGCCGGGGCUCAGGGCAGGUGGUGGCUCAGCAGCGAGAUGUCGCCCACUUGGGCCCGGACCCGCACCGGCAGAGCCGGCGUGCCAGCGGGGAGCCAUCUGUUGAAUCGGGCCGGAAGGUGGAGAUCCGGCGGGCCUCGGGCAAGGAAGCCCUGCAGAACAUCUACGAUCAGAGUGAUCGCCUUCUCAUCAAAGGUGGCAAGAUUGUGAAUGAUGACCAGUCCUUUUAUGCGGACAUAUAUAUGGAAGAUGGGCUGAUCAAGCAAAUAGGAGAAAACCUGAUUGUGCCAGGAGGAGUGAAGACCAUCGAAGCCCAUUCCAGAAUGGUGAUCCCAGGAGGCAUUGACGUGCACACUCGCUUCCAGAUGCCUGACCAGGGAAUGACGUCAGCUGAUGACUUCUUCCAGGGAACCAAGGCAGCCCUGGCUGGGGGAACCACCAUGAUCAUUGACCAUGUGGUUCCUGAGCCCGGGACAAGCCUGCUGGCUGCUUUUGAUCAAUGGAGGGAGUGGGCGGACAGCAAGUCCUGCUGCGACUAUUCUCUGCACGUGGACAUCACGGAGUGGCACAAGGGCAUCCAGGAGGAGAUGGAAGCGCUGGUGAAGGACCACGGUGUAAACUCCUUCCUCGUGUACAUGGCUUUCAAAGAUCGAUUCCAGCUGACGGACUCCCAGAUCUAUGAAGUGCUGAGCGUCAUCCGGGAUAUUGGUGCCAUAGCUCAAGUCCAUGCAGAGAAUGGUGACAUCAUUGCAGAGGAACAGCAGAGGAUCCUGGAUCUGGGCAUCACGGGCCCUGAGGGACAUGUGCUGAGCCGACCAGAGGAGGUCGAGGCUGAAGCCGUUAACCGCUCCGUCACCAUUGCCAAUCAGACCAACUGCCCCCUGUAUGUCACCAAAGUGAUGAGCAAGAGCGCGGCUGACGUCAUCGCCCAGGCACGGAAGAAGGGAACCGUGGUGUAUGGCGAGCCCAUCACGGCCAGCUUGGGGACGGAUGGCUCUCAUUACUGGAGUAAGAACUGGGCCAAGGCGGCUGCUUUUGUCACCUCCCCUCCCUUGAGCCCCGACCCAACCACUCCAGACUUUCUCAACUCCUUGCUGUCCUGUGGAGAUCUCCAAGUCACAGGCAGUGCCCACUGUACCUUCAACACUGCUCAGAAGGCUGUGGGGAAGGACAACUUCACCUUGAUUCCUGAGGGCACCAACGGCACAGAGGAGCGGAUGUCUGUUAUCUGGGAUAAAGCUGUGGUCACUGGGAAGAUGGAUGAGAACCAGUUUGUGGCUGUGACCAGCACCAACGCAGCCAAAGUCUUCAACCUUUACCCUCGGAAAGGCCGCAUCGCAGUGGGAUCUGACGCAGACUUGGUCAUCUGGGACCCUGACAGCGUGAAGACCAUCUCUGCCAAGACACACAACAGUGCUCUUGAGUACAACAUCUUUGAAGGCAUGGAGUGCCGUGGCUCCCCACUGGUAGUCAUCAGCCAGGGCAAGAUUGUCUUGGAGGAUGGCACGCUUCAUGUCACUGAAGGCUCAGGGCGCUACAUCCCUCGGAAGCCCUUCCCUGACUUUGUGUACAAGCGCAUCAAGGCAAGGAGCAGGCUGGCCGAGCUGAGGGGGGUCCCGCGUGGCCUGUAUGAUGGACCCGUGUGCGAGGUGUCUGUGACACCCAAGACAGUCACUCCAGCCUCAUCAGCUAAGACAUCCCCUGCCAAGCAGCAGGCGCCACCGGUUCGGAACCUGCACCAGUCUGGAUUCAGCUUGUCUGGAGCUCAGAUCGACGACAACAUUCCCCGCCGCACCACCCAGCGCAUCGUGGCGCCCCCUGGUGGCCGUGCCAACAUCACCAGCCUGGGCUAAAGCCCCUAGGCCUGUAGGGCCACCUGGGGAUGGGGGAUGGGACACCUGAGGACAUUCUGAGACUUCCUUCCUUCCAUUUUUUUUUUUUU